AUGUGGCCUUUCCUGAGCUCUGCGCUCUUCCCGCCUCCCACCAAGGCCUGGCUUCAGACCGUGUCCUUGGACCCCGAGGCCCAGGGCUGGGGGGCCUGGGGUGGAGCCAGGAAGACCCCUCCAGGCCCCAGGCGAGGGGCUGGAAGAGCUGAGGAAGACGAAGACGAUGAAGGCUUCUCCCUGUCUUUUUCGGAGCUGGCGGACCUGGCCCAGUGCCCUGUACCUGACGGGGCCGAGGAGCCACCAGAACUGCUCUGCUCUCAGGAAGACGCCAGAGAGGAGAAGGGUCUCAGAGCCUGGAGGUGGCUGAGCCCCAAAGCCACAGGACACCCCUUCCCGGAGCUCCCCAAGGAGAAGGUGGAGGCUGACCACAGAUCCAUCUUUGUGGGCAACGUGGACUAUAGGAGCACAGCCCAGGAGCUGGAGAACUACUUCAACCAGUGCGGGGAGUGGGCAGUAUGGGCAGUGUGGGCAGCACGGGCAGAGCCCAGUGGGCAGUGUGGGCAGCAUGGGCAGUGUGGGCAGCAUGGGCAGAGCCCAGUGGGCAGUGUGGGCAGUGUGGGCAGCAUGGGCAGUGUGGGCAGCAUGGGCAGAGCCCAGUGGGCAGUGUGGGCAGCACGGGCAGAGCCCAGUAGGCAGUGUGGGCAGCACGGGCAGAGUGGGCAGUGUGGGCAGCAUGGGCAGAGCCCAGUGGGCAGUGUGGGCAGCAUGGGCAGUGUGGGCAGCACGGGCAAUGUCCAGUGGAAGUGUGGGCAGCACGGGCAGUGUGGGCAGCACGGGCAAUGUCCAGUGGAAGUGUGGGCAGCACGGGCAGUGUGGGCAGCAUGGGCAAUGUCCAGUGGAAGUGUGGGCAGCAUGGGCAGUGUGGACAGCAUGGGCAGUGUGGGCAGCACGGGCAAUGUCCAGUGGAAGUGUGGGCAGCAUGGGCAGUGUGGGCAGCAUGGGCAGUGUGGGCAGCAUGGGCAGUGCCCAGUGGACAGUGUGGGCAGCGUGGGCAGUGUGGGCAGCAUGGGCAGUGUGGGCAGCAUGGGCAGUGCCCAGUGGACAGUGUGGGCAGUCUAUGCCUACAUAGAGUUUGCCUCCCAGAGCUCUGCCCAGGCCGCAGUGGAGCUGAACCAGAGGACCUUCCGAGGACGCGUCAUCAAGAAAGGGCGGACAUGUGAUAUGGCUAUGGGUCCCCGCUGUACCCCACAAUCUGCUGUGAGCAAAGAGGGCAGCCCCCAACACGCAGCCCACCCUCCAGGUUGGGACGAGUGGCAGAGGCCUCACCCACCUCCGUGUGGGCCCAUGGUGGCCCCGGUGCAAGUGCUGCCGUACACCCCAGGGUCACUCAACCUUUGA